GAACCAAGAUGGCAUCCAAGCGGCCGUACGCAGCGCCGGCGCUGCCCAGCCGGCAGCAGCUCGAGACGCGGCUCGUCGAGAACGGCGCCGACCUCGCGACGUGCAAGAAGGACAUUGAGGCGCUCGAGGCCGACAUUGCCAAGCUCCAAGACGCGCUGCGCGUCCAGCAAGCCUUGCUGGCGAAGAAGCAGUAUGCGCGCGAAGACCUCGAGCUCCAGCGCGACAGCCUCGAGAAGCGCCUGCAGCGCUUUCUCUUGUACGCUGAGAACCGUACUGCGCCCAUCGUCGACGUGGACGCGCCACUGGAGAAGAAGCUGCGCAUCGUCAAGCCUCUCUCGCCGGUCGUUAGCGUCAUUACGAUCACCGAGUCGCCACCCCGACGCGAGAAGAAGCGCAAGAUGUCGCCGUUGCCGCCGCCGCCACUACCAGCACCGUCCAACGCGCCGAUUUUGCCCGAGGUGCGCCCGCGGACACCGACCAUCGCCAACUUUCCCGACCAGUUUUGGUCGACGACCGAGGUCGCCAAGCUCUUGUCGCAGCCGCGCAUGAACAUGAUUGCGGACGGCUGCUCGCGCAAGAUGCGCUGCUCAUCGUUCCAUCCGAACAACCCUGACCUCUUCUCGACGUUUGCGGACGACGGCACGCUGAUGCUGUGGCAGUACCAGCCGCAUUUUCGGGACCUCAAGCACGUUCUCCAAGUGCCACCGUCCAUCUUUCGCCACACUGGCCACGCCUGCGUCGAGGACUUUCAAUGGUACCCCGGCAACGGCAACAAGAUUGCUCUCGGGUUUCAAAAGCCGAAUGCGGACGCAGGUGAGAUCUGCGUCGUCGAGUGGAACCAAGGCUUUGCCAAGCCGCCCGACCGCGUCUGGAACCGGUCGUCGUCGCUUGCGUCCAAGGGUGUCUCGUGCAUCGAUUGGCUCGACGAGAAGCACCUCGUGACGGGCGGCCCCAACCACAGUGUCGUUGUGUGGAAGUACACGGAUGCGGCGGCGUCGGCCACCAACAUGAAGACGCUCCACGCGGACCAUCGCAGCGAGAUCCGGUCGCUCUGCGUGCACCCGCACUCCCCGUCAGUCUUCUCUGGCGCGCUCGACGGGCUUGUCAUCGGCUACGAUCUGCACCACCAGUCGGCGACGACCGUGCUUGAGAAGCGGCAGACCAACAACAUUGCCAAGAUCAACGCCGUCCUCGCGCACCCCAACCACCCGCAUUUGCUCAUGGUGUCAUGCGUGCACUCGACGCAGCAGACGAUGCUGUUGCACGACCUCCGCAUCAAGACGUCGAGCUCGCUCACGAGCAUGCCGUCCAUGGUGUGGUACAAAUCGACGGGCGACGCCCGGGCCAUGAGCCAGUACACAACGCCGCGCUGGUCCACGGCCGGGAUGCACGUGUCGUGUGGCAGCACGUAGUGCAUUUUUGGGACAUUCGCGCGAGCAAGCGCGAGAACGUUCCGCAUCAAACGCUGCGCAUCCACCGCAAGCCCGUGCUCCACGCAAAUUGGCACGCGACGCAGAACGUGCUCUUGAGCAUCUCGAGCGACCGCAACAUUGGCGUCAUCACCUUUACCUAACCCCAUUACCACUCAUAGAUUUCCAUUUGUAAAAACCAACUACCAUUGCAUGUGUGCGA